AUGGAGGAAGCAUCAAGUGGCGGAGCUGAGAGACCCUAUGAGUCACGUAAUGAUAACGCUUUAAAAUCCUCAGCUGCAGAUUCUACAAUUGAAUCCUGGUCUAACCCACAAGAACCAAAGAACCCUGCUUCACCGAAGUCGAAAAGAGCGAGUCUGAAGGCUCCUGUGAUAGUGCCACAAUCACAGCCGGGCUAUGAGAAGGCAAAAAAAGCUGGGAAAAUGGCUUCGCAACCUCCAGCUUCUACAGAUGGGUCCUUGCCAGAUUUCAUAAUUGAGCGAAACCAACUUUUUGAUGAGCUGAAGCGAAAGAGUGAUGCGGAAGUGCUUUCUAAAGACAAGCCGGCAAUCAAUGUCACGCUUGAAUUGGGGCGCGACAGAAACGGACAGCUAAGACCGGCAAUGCCUGUCGCUGCAAAGGCAUGGGAAAGUACACCCGGAUCAUUCCUGAGGCAUGUCGAUAAAGACGUGAGCGCAGACGUUGUGAUUGCCAAGGUCGACGGAAAGCAACUUUGGGAUCUCGACAGGCCACUAGAGUACGAUUGCCGCGUCAGUUACCUCCCGUUCACGAGUGCCGAGGGAAGGAACGUUUUCUGGCACUCGAGCGCGCAUGUCCUAGGAGAGGCGGCAGAGUGUCAGUAUAAGUGUCUACUUUCGCACGGUCCUCCUGUAGAUCAAGGUUUCUUUUACGAUAUGGCCUUACCUGAAGGGCAAGGGGUCAAAGAAAGCGAUUGGCCGCCUCUCGAGUCCAAAGCGUCGAAAUUCUUCAAAGAGAAACAGCCUUUUGAACGUUUGCAUGUUUCAAUACUGGACUUAAGAAAGAUGUUUGCGUACAGCAAGUAUAAGAUGUAUUAUAUAGACAAUCUCUUACCUGCAGAAGGCAGUACAGUAUACAAGUGCGGCACACUUGUUGAUCUUUGUUUGGGACCUCACAUCCAAAAUACUGGAAAGAUAAAAACUUUUCAAAUCAUGAAAAAUUCCUCAGCCUAUUUCAGAGGUGACAAGAAUGAUGACUCCCUACAACGGAUAUAUGGCGUCGCCUUUCCGGACAAAAAGCUUAUGGCUGAGCACAAAAGGUUCUUAGAAGAGGCGAAAGAAAGAGACCACCGGAAACUCGGCAUCGAUCAAGAACUUUUUUUCUUCAAUGAAUUAUCUCCUGGCUCUGUCUUCAUGCUGCCGCACGGGACAUUAAUAUUCAAUGCCAUACAAAAGCUGCUCAGGUCUGAAUACCACAUGCGAGGGUACCAAGAAGUGCAGUCCCCAAAUAUGUAUGACGCCGAGCUCUGGAAAAAGUCAGGGCACUGGCAGCAUUACUCAGAAGACAUGUUCGGACUAAGUGUAGAAAAGCGACAAUGGGCUCUUAAGCCAAUGAAUUGUCCUGGUCACUGUAUCAUGUUUGGACAUCGUGAACGAAGCUACAGAGAGCUACCUAUACGCAUGGCAGACUUUGGCGUAUUGCACCGCAAUGAAGCGUCAGGCGCCUUGCAUGGUAUGACUCGGGUGCGGAAGUUCCAGCAGGAUGACUGUCACAUCUUCGCCACACAAGACCAGAUCACCGAAGAAAUUGAAGGACUUUUCGAUAUGCUGAAAGCUGUCUAUGGCCUCUUUGGCUUUCCCUUCAAGCUCAAGCUGUCAACGAGGCCCGAAAAUUUUCUUGGCGACAUUCAGACCUGGGACAUUGCAGAGGCCAAACUUAAAGCAGCACUGAACAGGUUUUCAGACGCAGGAAACGGUGAUUGGGAACUCAAUGAGGGCGACGGCGCCUUCUACGGGCCCAAAAUUGAUAUCACGAUCUCAGACGCCUUGAAGCGCGACUUUCAGUGCGCCACGAUCCAACUGGACUUCCAAUUGCCGCAACGCUUCGAGCUCGAAUACAUGACAGACCAGGCUGCUUCAAAGCCAAAAGACGCUUCAGUAUCUGCAACUAAUGGGGACGCACCCGAAACAGAAAGAUUGAAGGCACCUGGACCUGGCCGAGCGCGUCCUGUCAUGAUUCACCGCGCAAUCAUUGGCAGCUUUGAACGUUUUAUGGGAAUCCUGACCGAGCACUUUGCGGGGAAAUGGCCGUUCUGGUUAAGCCCUCGCCAAAUUCUCGUGAUACCAGUGACACCCGCCGUCAACAUCUAUUGCGAAGAGGUACAAAUAUUGUUGAGAGCGAACAAGCUGUUGGCUGAUGUGGACCUGAGCGGAAAUACAAUGCAAAAGAAGAUUCGCACUGGACAAUUGCAACAGUACAAUUUCAUAUUCGUGCUCGGUGCUCAGGAGAGAGAAGCGAGGAGCGUGAAUAUUAGGAAUCGAGACGACAAAGCGACACAGGCAAAAGGGGAGUUAGUGGGACUGAGCGACGUGAUUGCAAGACUUAGAGCGUUGAAAAAGGAACGACGGUUGAUUAACAAGAUAUGA